AUGGUAAAGGAGACUGAAUACUACGAUGUGCUUGGGGUCAGUCCGACGGCCACCGAGGCCGAGAUCAAGAAAGCAUAUUACAUAAAGGCACGACAGGUUCAUCCAGAUAAAAACCCUAAUGAUCCUCAGGCGGCACAAAAUUUCCAGGUCUUGGGAGAAGCAUACCAAGUAUUGAGUGAUUCUACCCAGAGACAAGCUUAUGAUGCCUAUGGGAAGUCUGGAAUUUCAACUGAAGCGAUCAUUGAUCCUGCAGCAAUCUUCGCCAUGCUUUUUGGUAGUGAGCUUUUUGAGGAUUACAUAGGACAGCUCGCCAUGGCAUCUAUGGCGUCAAUGGACAUUUUCACAGAAGGGGAGCAAUUUGAUACCAAGAAGUUGCAAGAUAAAAUGAGGGUUGUUCAGAAGGAGAGAGAAGAAAGACUAGCAGAACUACUAAAAAAUCGACUCCACCAAUACAUUCAAGGAAAUAAAGAAGAGUUUGUUAAACAUGCCAAGUCUGAAGUAACUCGACUUUCGAAUGCAGCUUAUGGUGUUGACAUGUUGAACACGAUUGGCUACAUUUAUGCAAGACAAGCAGCCAAAGAGUUGGGUAAGAAAGCUAUAUACUUGGGUGUGCCGUUCGUUGCUGAAUGGUUCAGAAACAAAGGGCAUUUCAUCAAGUCCCAGGUGACUGCAGCAACAGGUGCCCUUGCCUUGAUCCAAUUGCAAGAGGACAUGAAAAAGCAGCUCAAUGCUGAAGGAAAUUAUACCGAGGAAGAGCUUGAAGUAUACAUGCAAACUCAUAAGAAGCUAAUGAUCGACUCCUUAUGGAAGCUUAAUGUAGCAGACAUUGAGGCUACUCUUUCCCAUGUUUGCCAGAUGGUUCUUCAAGAGAAUGGUGUCAGGAAAGAGGAGCUUCGUUCUCGAGCAAAGGGAUUGAAGACUCUUGGUAAAGUCUUUCAGAGAGUAACGUCGACCAAUGGAAGUGAGGGCGAAGCUGAUGUAGGCAGUGCCCUGCAUAAGUUGCACGGAAGUGAAUCAAGCUAUGAAGCGUUUUCUCCUGGCUCAUCCCCCAAGUCUGGUACAACUGAGGGAUCUUCUUACAGCUCAUUGUUCUCACAGAGCCCGUACGUGGAGUCUCCACAGGUUGCUGGUGGCCAGUUUAACUACGACUUCCCGAGGCCAACAGCACCACCUGGUGCAAAUCGAUAUUCUUCAGCAGGCGGCCAGGGCACCAGUCAUUAA